UUAAGUUUCGUUUCUACCGCCAUUUUGUUGUCCCGCAGUGAAACAGAGGCGACUGGUAUCUGUGAGCAAGGAAGGAUGCAAGCUGUACGUGUGAAGUACAAAGAACGACAGAAGUACAUCUGUUUUGAAGGCCAACUGACCUACAUUUCGUUUUUGGAAUGUGUUGUCAAAAAGUUCAACAUCCCAACCUUGGACCUAAAAGUCUUUGAUGACUCAAAGACUGAAGUUGAUGAGGAGGUUUUUGAUUUCCUUUUGAAUAAACCAAACCUUGGUGUGCUGGAAAUUUGUCUAGCACAAGAUCAAAAUCCAGAAGAUGAUUUUAUGGAUCAGCUGAGUUGUCCUGCAAGCAGCUCCUUUACCAGCUCCAGUGGAGAAACUGAAGUGGACUCUGAUGGCACCAUCACAUUGCAACACAGUCCUACAACAAGACAGAGAGCUGGAGAUGCCUCUCUUGCCCAAGUGAUUGAAAAUGUUUUAAAGAACAAGCCAGGAGGAGACAGGAUCAUCAAUGAGUAUGCUCAGACAAAAAGCCUGACAGACAGCAGACGGCGUGACAUGGUCAAGAUAUUGGUUGCGCAUAUGACAAGUGAACAUGGGACAAGUCCUUCAAGGCGCAUCAAAGAGGACUAUGCAAAGGGUAUCAUCACCUUGUUCCCAUACCUGGCUGAUCCUAGGAGCAGGUUUGGUUAUGAGCAUUAUUACAAUGCAGAAGAUGGGAGUGGUUAUCUGGCUUGGAGACUGAAGUUUGUCCAAAAGGAAGCUUCUAAUGGACAAAAGAAGGCCCUCAGAUGGUCAAAAACACAAACGGGGGGACCAACAGCUGAUAGAGACUGUUUCAGAGAAGACGACUGCCUAAUGACAGACAGCUUGUGUUCUGAGGCCAUUGCACUGAUGAAGCAUACAGCUGAUGAGGGAACUGUUAUGAGGAAGAUGAAGCAGACGUUCAACUAUCGCCAAAAGCUCAUUCAUGACCCUGUGAAGUCAUCUGGUGUCUUUUUGGACUUCCCAAGAUUCCUGGAUGUAGGAGGAUUAAUUGAGCAAGAUUUCACAUUGAUGUUCAAUGAAGUAAUCUCUGCAAAGUUCCUGGAGAAGUGGCCCACUAUCUACAAGCAGAAAGUCCUCGAGCAAAGCCGUGGUCUCACACAGUCUGAUGACCUACAGUGCCUUCUUCAAAAUGCUGAAGGCACAACAGAAGUGGAAAACGGAUGGGACAGCGACAUGUCAUCGAUUUUGAUCCUUGUGCACCUGCUGCCACCAUCACCCCAUGGACGCAAGAGACCAGGAAAACUCUCAGCGAGACAAGCCAGUGAACAUCUGGUGAAGUUCAUCAAGACGGGGACAAGCCUCCAAGGGCACCUUGAUGGCAUCACAGAAAGCCUUCAACCAUACCUACUUGCAGUGGGGACUCAGAAGAGUGUGAUUCACAAGUACUUCAUUGUGAUUGACAAACACGCAAUACCUUGUAAGUCACCAGGCUCCCUUGCCUGUUUUGAUGAGCUUUUUAAAGCUCACUUUGUCUUUGGCACUUCAUAUGACCAUGAUCUGGUCAAUGUGUACAGCUUCCUGCAGACCACCAUUUAUGAGAUAGAUGUUGACACAACCAAAGUGAAUCCUAGGGUUGCAGAGUUGAGGGCUCGGAUGCUUCGUUGAAUAGAGUUGUCUCCCCCCCUAAGAGCUUCA